CAGGUACUACAUUCUCUGCUGACGCGUCUUCAAGUUCAGCAUGUUCGGUAUAAUCACCGGAGGAACCCGAGGUCUGGGCUUUGAUGCUGCUAAGGAACUGGCAAGCAAUGGCUACAGCCAUUUGAUUCUUACGUACAACGCCAACACAGAACGCGCCGAACAGGCCAAGAAGACCCUGGAAGAUAAACAUGGAGUCCAAGUUUUUGUCGUGAAAGGAGACCUUGUUAAACCUGAAGCUGUUGAUGCAAUCUUUGAUUGCGUGGAGAAGAAUUUCGGAAACAAGCUUAAUGCAUUGGUACACAACGCCGGAGCUGCCAUUGGUGUGUCAUCAGUAGCGGAAACCGAAGCAGCCAAGAAAGCGGCCGCGAGUUACAAAGAAACUAUCGCUUCUGGCAAAUUUGACGAUUUCGCCACUUACGACUAUUUCCAAGAGAUUUAUCCAAAAUGCUUCAUACGAAUGGUCGAAAGAGCGAUAAAAAUCAUGGAAGAUGGUAAAGGUUACAUCUUGGCGGUAUCUACCUAUGGCUCCAACUGCAUGCAGACAGUAAAACCAGGCUACGCCAUAACAACUCAAGCCAAAGGAGGCUUAGAAUUACUGGUGCGGUAUUACGCCCAAGCCCUGGCCCCCCGCGGAAUCACUGUGAAUGCCAUCAUUCCUGGCUACAUCUUAUCUGACGCCUGGCAUCACAUGACUGCAAGCAAGGGUGGAAUUGAAAGCGAGGCUGUUCAGGGCAUGAUUCAAGGAUCUCCCAUGAAGCGGUUCGGGGAAGGUCGCGAGUUCGGUCACGUGACUGCUUUUUUGUGUUCACCCAAAGCCUCGUUCAUCACAGGGGUGUCAUUACCAGUAGAUGGAGGGCUCCAUCUUCAGUAACAGGGCUUGGACUUUAAAUAGACAUCACCUGACUUGUUGUCCGUUUCAAGAGAAUGGUAUUAGAUUAAAAAUGAUUUGGACAUGAAGUAAGUAAGAAACUCAACGAGUGUUGCGCUCAUGACCAAUACAAUUAUCAGCUGAAUAAAAAAAAAAUAGUAUUUCUUUCAAAAAAGUUAAAAAGCAAAGAAGCAAAUUUAUUUCGAAAAAAACAAGAAGGGUGAUAAAUUUGAGCUUAAUAGUCACAUAGCGGGAAAUGUUAAGAUUUGUCCAUGACAAAUGAGGGACAAAAACUAAUCUGUGUUUUCCACGAGCAUCCCCUGUAGAAAAAGAUAGAGAAAUACGAUAAUUGUUUUUUAUUUCACCGUUAUUUCUCGCUUGAUCGGUAUUUCGACAAAUAUUAAUAUAUUUCACCAUUAUUUGUUUUUCGAAACUUUAUCUCUGCUUUUCAUUUGCCAAUAAAGUUUCUUGUACUUGUUGAA